AUGCUAGAGGUCCGUCUGCCUAGGAGAUUCGGGACAACCAGCAGGGGCAGUGUGUGUUCUGCGUGGGAGCUGCAGCGGUGGCAGGCGGAGGCCCGGCGUCAGCAGGAGAGCAGUGGAGGAGGAGGUGUGGGGCUGAGGGCUGAGCUACAGGAGACCAGGGCAGGCUGCAGCAGAUGUAGAGCAACCAUGAAGCACCUCCGCUCUCUGACCUGGAGCAGGCCCAGAGACAUACACAGGCAGCAGAGGAGGAGGUGGGUGGGAGGGAGUGAGAGGGGGCUGUGCUGCAGGAGGCUGAGAGCAGAGCAGCGGACACAGAGACCAGGCUGCAGCCCUGACCCAGUCCCUGGAGCUGUACAGGGUCAAGACCAGGCCUGCCUCACCAAGACUCCCAGCAGGACAGCACUCUACAGGCCAGGACGAGGACCUGAAGGAAGCCAGGGCUCAGGUGGUGGAGCGGGACGAGCGUGUGCUGCGUCUGUGUGCCCAGGCGUUGGUGUUGCAGCGGGGGAGCUGAAGGCCCACAGUGCCCAGCUGGAGAGCGGGGAUGACGCCCUGAGUGCCCUGAGCCAGCACCUCCGAGACACCCAGAGAGACCUGGAGUCCAGCCGCAAACACAGCCAGGAGUGUGAGAUGGUCAUCAGCACUAUGAGAGACAGCACCGCCGCACUGAGACAACAGGUGGAGGAACAGGAGGAGAGUGUGGUGAAGAGCCAAGCUGAUUUCUCUGUCUACAGAGCCACUCACAUCCGCUCUGACUCAGACUACGACACGCAGCUCUGCCCGCAUCCAGGAACUACAACAGGUACAGUAGGGGCAGAACACGUCACCUCUUCAUGCUGGAGUCCUGCUAACACAACCAGUCACUGUGGCCAGUGAAAUCACAGUGYCCAGAGAAAGUCAUUGUCUUUAAAACU